AUAGAGGUGAUUAUGGGUGGAAUUAAUAAAAAUAGUCUUAACCGGGUGGAGUUCCGUGACAAGAGCUUGUGACCACAGUGAGGGUAUUAAGAUGGUCGAAAUAUAACAUUAACUAGUUCCUAUAAACACCAAAUUAGAAGAAUCCUAUUAAGCAAUUUAUUGUUAAUUAAAAUGAAAAAGAAAAGACAAAAAUGAAAAAAACCAAAAGGUUUAGUAAUUGUCUAAGAAACUGUUGCUACACGAAAUUUGACGCGGAAACUCGCGAAUAUACAUGUAGAGGUACCCAUGGUUUUCUAACGUUUUAACACUCCUUCCAUACGUUUGCAACCGCGAAUAUCACAAGUGUUUUUCCGACGAGGUGAGGCGAUGGAAAAAACCUUGAGCGAUACAUUUUGAAGCGAAAGAGAAAGAGAGAGGGGAAAUGGAAACGGAUAAGGGAGAAAGAAAGGUGGAGGAAUCUAGAGAGAGAAAGAGAUUGAGCGAAACCCCUCCCGACGAUGACUGCUGCCCAAUUUGUUUUGGCUCCUUCACUGUUCCUUGUCGAUCCAACUGCGGUCAUUGGUAUUGUGGCAGUUGCAUUUUGCAAUUCUGGAACUAUUCCUCAACAUCUAAGCCAUGCAAGUGCCCCAUGUGCACUUGCAAGAUUGUUAAUUUGUUGCCAGAGGCAUCAUUACAACAGCAACAGGACCAGGAAGUUAUGGAGGUACUUAAAAGUAUACAGAGGUAUAACCUUCUCUUUGUUGGAGGUGCUCGUGGUCUUGCUCAGAAAGUGCGUGAGUUACCAUUCUUCAUCAAGAGAAUGUUCCAGGCAUUGAUGGAUCCUGACACAAAUGAUUCAUAUCUUGCUGAAAUGCGCCUUUUUGCAAUGGUGCUAAGUAUCCUCUACAGAGCUACACCAUUUGACUUCAUUCCAACAGGGGGCCUGGGAAUUGGAAGAGUGUUUGAUUUUUCUGCUAUUACUCUGGUACUCAUCCUGCGUCUGGUGGGCAUCUAUCGCAGAAGACGGCUUAUGCAGCGGGAAAUGGGUCCAGUGAAGAACGUUCGUGCAAUCUCGCAAGAGGCCUUCGAUGAGUUAGUGAAAGAGAACAUGGAUGAUCUCGGAAUGGACCCCACCGAAGCCUUGGAAGACGCCAUCCAAACCCUCUCCCUCCAAGGCGUCGAUCUCUCCGGGAUCGUGAAGUGUGUUCCAGGGGAAGGUGGCGUCAAGGACCACCCAGCGAUGCAAUGCUUGGAUAAACUGAACCAACUAAACGCCGGCUCAAAAGAUCAAUUCACAGCCCAAGAUUUAGUUCCAAUCUCAGGUUUACUUAAUAACCUAAGCGAAUUAUGUAGUGAUAAAGUAGAAUCGGGAAAUGCAGCAAUCGUAACUAAAAAUGGCGGUGUCGAACUGGUUUGUUCAAUCUGUUCUAAGAUUCCAACUGAAUCGCAACAGACUCUCGUUUCUUGUUUGAAGACCAUGGCAUCGUUGCUAACUGAUGUUCAAAGUACAGAGGCUUUUCGGGUGAGUGGAGGACCGGUGAUUGUGGUUCAUAUUCUUAAUACCGAUGGAAUUCAAGAUUUAGACAUCUUGAAUUCUGGCUUUGCUAUUGUUGCUGCUGCUGCGACUGGUAAUGAAGUUGUUAAAGAAUCGUUUAUGGAGUUAGGAGUUGAUAAGUUGAUUCUACAAGUUUUGAGUGGACAAACUAAAGGCAGUGUUCAAAGUUUAUAUGAUGCUAUACGUGUUCUGUUGACGUCUGAUGAUAAUCGUGUUGUUGCUUCUCAAGUUUAUGGUUAUGCACGAAGAUUUGCGAAAAUUGGAAUUGCAAGAGCUCUUGUGGAGUCACUUCAUGGAGGGCUUAGUUCAACUAGUCUUGUUUCGGCAAGCAUAGCAUUAAAGGCCGUUGCUGUGAAUGAUGAAAUAUGUAAGUCCAUUGCUGAUGCUGGUGGUAUUGAUGCACUUCUAAAGUGUGUUGAUGAUAGUGGUGAACAAGGCAACAAAACCGUAGCUAGAACCUGCUGUUCAUUGCUAUCCAAGCUAGCAGGAAGUGACUCAAAUAAGAGCACUAUAGUUGAGAAAGGAGGUAUGGACAGGCUGAUCAAACUGUCAGCAAGAUUCUCUGAUGACCCAUCUGUGCUGCAAGAGGUCAUGUCCAUUAUUUCUGUACUCUGCUUGAGAUCACCAGACAAUGCAACUCAUGCCAUUGAAGCCGGAGCAGCAGAACUUGCUAUUCAAACCAUGCAGAAGUUUCCUGCUGCUCAGCAGAUGCAGCGAAGUUCCUGUCUUAUGAUUCGAAAUCUUGUUGUGAGGAACCCAGAGAACAGAAUCCUUCUUCUGAAUAAUGGUAUUGACAAGUUUAUCAGGAAGGCAAAGGAAAAUCAUGAAAGCUGCAAGGAUGCUGCUACUGAUGCUCUAAGGGAUUUGGGGCUCGAUAACUAUAACUCAUAGUUAAUGCCUAGAAGUGCUAUAAUGGGUUUAUUGAUUUUGGAACUCAACUUUUCUGGCUCAAUUUUGUUUCUGAUUUUGAUUUUGUGGUGAGGUUGGCCAUGUCAUAUCAUCAGUUCAAGGGAGUUACGGUUUUGUAAGGUUGGCCAUGUAUUGAAUGAGGUUAACUUGCUAUAAUUUUGGAGGCAUCCGUUUGUUACAA